AGAGCUCCCCUAACUUCUCAGCAGUAGCCCACAUCAGCUCUGAGGAGCGGGGCGUGGACUUAAACCAACUUUUCUCUGCCCUUAAAUUUGAGGAGACGGCGGACUUUCGGGAAAAAAUAGAAAAGGACAAGGAACUGGUCGAUUAGCAGCUGGUAAGAGCUUUGAAAUCGUUCUUGUACGUUUUGUAGUCUUGUUUACAUUGUGGUCGGAAAGUUUUGUCCAAGUUCACUUUAACUUUUUCAACAAUAGAUUUCAAAGUGAAACGAUGGGGCCAGCCCAUCCGAUUCCUCUGGGGAAGAUAAAGCCGAGGGGAAGUGAAGAGCUAUUUCACCUCAUAAUUUCCUUUAGAUGUCUGCUUUUGUCUGCUUCUGAGACAGAUGGUGUAAAUAAUACAGUCACCAAUCUGUAGCCUAUUAAAACUGUUGGCUCAGUGAAAGGUACAAGAUUUAAAUGAAAGUUUAGGAGUAGACUUACACCAGAACAGACAGGAUGUAGUACAACAAGGCUUUGACACAGUGAAACCUAUGGGAGUAGUGUUUUCAAGUCCAUAAUGAAGUCUAACACAAUGAAUGAUAUCUGUUUAAGUCUUCAGUCAGUGCUUCAAGACUUUGCUUCUAAAGAAACUCUGCUCAUUCUGGAGGAAACAAACUAAUCCUGUCCCACUUUAACAACUUUUACAGGCUACAUGGUCCAGAUCUCAUAAGAAAGACGUCCCUGGAGCGUAACUAUGGAUGACAUCUUCACACAGUGUCGAGAAGGGAACUCUGUAGCUGUCCGCCUGUGGUUGGACAACACAGAGAAUGACCUCAACUUGGGGUAAGAGGAUACAUCAUCACACACUGUUCCCUCAGAAUAUGUAAAGAUUGAAGAUGACUGCUGAGGGGCCUGCAUCUUACCCCCAAAAAUGCAACAAGACGAUUUCACUUCAAGUCCCACGUUUGAUAUGAUACACAAGGUGUUUCCGAGCUGGUGUACCUGAGUGUGCACAUAAAGUGAUCCAGUCUUUGGCACAUCAGGCGGUUAAAUAGUUUCCAUAUUGUGCUCUCUGGCUCUUUACAGCACAUGUAGUGGAGCAUCACACUGAGUUCGUAAUUCUAGGCCAGCUUGAGCUUUUCCCCCCACAAUUUUCCUUUUGGAUUUCUCUCCUGAUGAUGUCAUUCCUCAAAACUGUGUGCACAUAAAAGUAGUGGGUGAUCUGUGGUGGUUGCUGAAAAAAGAAUAUAUCCUACAGCUCCUCCUGCACUUGGAUGAAAGGAAAGGGCUGAUGUGAUUACAGUCAGAUGACUAAACGAAGAGUCAGUCGCUCAUAUGAUAAUCUUUUAAAAGCGUCAUGGUUUGAAAAUGAAAUAAACAGAAGUCUAAAAGUGGCGAAUUAAUCUAUACUGUUCAGGAGUGUCAAACUUUUUACGCUUUUUCUUCUCUUAAGGAUACACAGAGUGCGUCAGCCUGUUUACAUCAUUUCCUUGCUAGAAGACCUCACUGCAAAAGACCUUGGUUAUCUCAUUCUUGGGCCAGGCCAUAUAUGUGCAGUUUGUUGACGUUGACUUUGGAGGGCUGCAGAGCUGCUGGCCAACCACGCAACAGUGGGGACCAUUUCCUCUGUUUAACUCCAUACAGGGCCAGACCAGGCCCUCGCUGACAGAGCCUCCACAGAGCAGCUAGCUGCAGUCUCACAUAAACAUCUGACACAACAGUCAUUACGCUGGAGGGCCUUUACUUUGCCUCCAGUGUGUGAACCAGCUUUUUAUUGCCUCUUGAAUGUCCAAUAAUGUGUAAUAAACGUCAUAUGUUGGUGGGAAAACAAGCGGGUUAGUUAGGGUAUUUUAUUUGCAGUUACACAGGAAGACAGAAGAAAAAAAAAGGGAGGGAGAGAGAGAGAGAGAGAGACUGUCAUUCCUGAGUUUUUUCCUCCAUGUGUCUUUUUAUAGCACACAGGGUUGGUCAGAGUCUGAACUAUCUGUCCACAGUGCUGCAUCAGAACUGACAGAGAAUGUGACUGACUGCUUUUUCACUUACGUGUGAGCUAGUUCUGUAGCUAUUUCCUAUUACAGGCUAAACAAGCCCUCCUGAGGUUUGCUGUUAAAUAGAAUGUGCACUUAGUGGCUUUGCAUGGAGCUGUGAGGAACCCUCGCAGCUGUCCUGGGGUCAGCUAAUGUAAAGGAGUCACUUGGGUGGCACGUAGGUGACAGCUUGGCUCCUUGUAGACUGCUGCAGUAUUAUAGGCGCUGCUGGCUGUGUGUUUGCGUCUUUGCGUAUGUUAGCAGGCAUUCCAGCUCCUGCAGGGACAUAUUUAUCACUCGGUAUAGGCUCCUGGGCAGCAUGAGGAAGCAUGUGCUUGAGUCUAAAUUAAGACUAGAAGGUAGUGGCUGUGAGGACCUGAGAGAGAGAGGACCAUAAACAGAGAAUUUGUAAUCAUUUCUUUGAAGGGUGUGAAUGAGAGCAAGUUUUAUAGAUUUCGGCACAUGGCUUCAGCUUCAUCGCUACAUAUGAUGUGUUUUGGUAUUUGUUGAUUGUGGUUUUCAUCGUUGCAUCCUAUCCUACUGUUUCCUAUUGCGUCAUGUUAUAUCAAAUUGAACUGUGUUAUAUUGCAGUGUGUCAUAUCUAGGGAUGCACCGAUCCGAUAUUUGGAUCGGAUAUCGGCUCUGAUAUUGACGAAUUAACUGGAUCGGAUUUCUUAUGAAUGACACCGAUCCGGCGUUCCGAUCCAGUCUUUUUUUUUAUUUUAAUUAAUAUCAUACACAGCAAUAAAGCGAUUCUGUUCGCUCUAUAUUCUAUGUCUGUCUAUCCUUUUGCACUAAAUGUUUACAUGAAAGUCUUACUUCUUUUUAUUGUGGGCUAAUUUGCAUUUUUUUAAAUUUGUUAAUAAAUGAUAUUAAGUAAAUGUAAUUUUGUGUUAAUUUGUUAACUUUUUUUUUAACAAGGCUAAUGUCAAGCCUGAUGCCUUCACUCACAGGCCAAGAUAUACAGUUCAUUCAUUCAACAGUAGUAUUGGAUUGGUAUCUGAUAUCGGCCGAUACGCUCAGCCCAGGUAUUGGUAUCAGAUUGGAUCGGAAAAAAAUGGAUCAGUGCAUCUCUAGUCACAUCAUAUCAUAUGGUACUGCAUUGUAUCAUAUCAUUACAUUGUAUUACUUACUAUCUUGUCUUGUGUUGUAAUGUAUGCAUAGUAUUGCAUCAUGCCCUAUUAUUUAACUCCCAGAACAAUGGCAUAAAAUCAAAAAUCAAUAACAAAACAAAGAAAAAUAUGAUUUUUCUUUUGUUACCGGCCGAUACGCUCAGCCCAUCAUGUUAUCAGAUAAAUAAUAUUAAGUAAAUUUAUAUCUGUGUUAAUUUGUUACCUUUUUUUUUAACAAGGCUAAUGUCAAGCCCGAUGCCUUCACUCACAGGGCAAGGUAUACAGUUCAUUCAUUCAACAGUAGUAUUGGAUCGGUCUUGGAUAUCGGUCGAUACGCUUAGCCCAGGUAUUGGUAUCGCAUUGGAUCGGAAAAAAAUGGAUCAGUCGUUUCAUAUCAUAUGGUACUGCAUUGUAUCAUAUUAUUACAUUGUAUCACUUAUUAUCUUGUAUUGUGUUGUAAUGUACGCUUAGGAUUGCAUAGUGCUGUAUUAUUUAACUCUGAGAACAGUAGCAUAAAAUCAAGAAUCAAUAAAAAAACAAAAGAAAAAUAAUUUAAGAAAAAAGAGUAGCCGAAAUUAAAUUGAUGACUGUAAAUAUUAAAAGAGUGAGCUAAAAGCAGUAAGGCUGUCAGUGAGUUAAAGUGUGUGAGAAAAAAGUCUGCUAUGUUCAACAACCUUCUUCAGUUACCUCCUCAGGUCCUUUCUUGUCUUUUCCAGCUCAUUAAAAACAUGACACCCUUUAGAUACUGAGAACCAGAGGCGCUGAAAUAGUUUGUCAAUGAGUGUUGUGAUCAUGAAGAUACGAAAGUUAAAGGUGAUCAGACAACAGUCCCAAAGCCCUCCAGCACAUUUCUAAACUAGUUUUGCCAUUCAUUCAAAGUUUUAAACACCUCUUAAUGUGUCCUCCUCUUGUCUGUGUGUCUUGUGUUUUUUAGUGAUGACCAUGGCUUUAGCCCCCUCCACUGGGCCUGCAGAGAGGGGAGGAGUGGUGUUGUUGACAUGCUCAUCAUGAGAGGUGCUCGCAUCAAUGUGAUGAACAGGGGAGAUGAUACUCCUCUGCACCUGGCCUCCAGUCAUGGGCAUAGAGACAUUGUCGCUAAGGUAAACACAAUCAUGAGUCAGUCUGUUUCACUGACAGAGAGGAGGAAAGACUAACGGUUGAUGAAUUUUCUCAAUUUGUGGCCAGCUGAUUCAGUGCAAAGCUGACCCAAAUACAGUCAAUGAGCAUGGGAACACACCACUCCACUACGCCUGCUUCUGGGGGCAGGAUGAGGUGGCAGAGGUGAGACUCACAAACACACACUUCAGUUGGUUGAAAGGGCCCUCUUCUGGACAGAAACAGCCACUACAGCUCAAACUGUUCCUCUUUUCUUUGUUUUAAACCAAAAAAUCAUUGAGAUCACGAUUAAAUCACUGUGACACAGUCUAAUAUUCUCUAAUUUAGGACUUGGUGACCAGUGGAGCCCAGGUGUGUAUAUGCAACAGGUAUGGACAAACACCUCUGGACAAGGCCAAGCCUCAUCUAAGACAGAUGCUCGAAGGUAAAGGUCACUUUUGUGCAUUUUCACACUCUUGUAACUUACGUCUAAUUAAAAAAAAUCAAUAUCCUGCAAGUAAGAGUUGUGGUUUUUUUAAAAUCUUUUUGAAUGUCUUUGUUUGUGUUUUUAGAAAAGGCAGAGAAACUGGGUCAGAGUAUGACCAAAGUCCCUUACAAGGAAACUUUCUGGAAGGGCACCAUGCGGACACGGCCUCGUGAGUAGCACACAAACACAGUAGUAAUCAUAUAGAAUUUGAAUCUGUGCUUGAUUCGUCAUGCCUUUACUCCUUCAGGUAAUGGUACCCUGAACAAGCAGGCUGGUAUUGAUUACAAACAACUUUCGCUCCUGGCUAAGAUUAACGAGAACCAAUCUGGAGAGGUCAGUUUCACUGCUGUAUUUUCAUCAAUAUAGUCUUUUUUUCCCCUGUCUCUGUCCCUCGGCUGUUUCAUGAACUAUGUGUUUCUCUGUUCACAGCUGUGGCAGGGUCGAUGGCAGGGAGAUGAGAUUGUGGUGAAGGUGCUACAGGUGAGGGACUGGACCACCAGGAAGAGCAGAGAUUUUAACGAGGAGCACCCCAAACUCAGGUCGGUGUACACUAAUAGAGAAUAGAGACAUGUGGGCCGUCUGUCUGUUCGCAGAAUCAGGCAGCAAAACAUUCAUCUUCUUUUUAAGCCUUUUAAGCGCCUGUUUGUCUGGACACAGUUAAUGAACUCUAAGACUGGCUGUUUUGCAGAUAUGUAGAUGGAUGUGAUGUUUGGUGAUGUAUGAGGUCAUUGGUCACAGAGAAUUCAAGCUCCAUACCAGGGCUAUUGCACAACAGCAGAGAGUGGGGUUUUUUUAUUGUUAGUGGGAAGGGAGAUGGUUUUGGUUGGUGGAUGGAAGCUGUCUCACGUUAACUGUUCUGUGCAAUAUGAAAAAAAAAUCCUCAAAGCUCCAAAACAAAAAGUCAGGCAUAAGAUGGAAUUUGAAGUAUGCACAUAUAGUAUCAAAACCAGAGAUUAAACAAUCAUGCCAUGUCAGGUUCUCCAUCAAAACAACUCUCUGUACGUAAAGUGAACCAUAACAUAUGUGGUUUUGUGUGUGUUUACAGCAGCUCAAAAAAAGGGGCGGUAUGGAGUUGAUGUAUAAUAAUAAAUCACAUAAUGAAAGAACUAAACACAAGCUGAAAUUUGCAUAAAGGAAAGCAUAAAGCAAAUUAGUGGCCCUCCACCUUCUGACCCCUUUUGAGUGUCAAAGAAAAUCACAACAAAACCGUAAUAGGGAAAAAAUGAAGAACCUUGGAGUCGACUGAUUCAAAGAAUGUGAAGGAGUCUGCAGCUGGGUUAUUUUGGCAGCAUGCUUUAAUAUGAACUUUAUUUCUUUUAAAGAUUUGUAGCACGUGUAAAAACACUAAGAAUAAGUUUGGUUAAAAAAAAGUUUGGCUAUAUCUUCUGACAUGUAUUGCAAAACUAGAGAGCUUCAGGUGAAUCAGUAAAACUAUUUCCCAGUUGAAUUUAAAAGGCUUCGAAAUAUUAAAUAUUUGAUGUGGAGCAACAUAUCCAAUCUUUACACACAAAUUUGAGAUCUCUCUGUACAUUAUGAACUCUUUAGCCAUGUUUGUUCUUUCUUUCUUUCUCCAUGGUGUGCAGGAUCUUUUCUCACCCAAACAUUCUGCCUGUUCUUGGAGCAUGCCAGUCACCGCCGUCCCCUCAUCCCAUUAUCAUCACACACUACAUGCCGUAUGGAUCCCUCUUCAAUAUACUGCACCAGGGCACCAGUGAGUACUUCAAGCGGUGUACUGUAAAAGGAAAACAGUUUUCUCCUGACUGUCCAUCACCCUCUUCUUCAUCUUUAUGUUCUUUAUCUCCUCUUUCUCAGCUCUGGUGGUUGACCAAAGCCAGGCGGUGAAGUUUGCGUUGGACAUUGCCAGUGGUAUGGCAUUCCUCCACACCUUGGAGCCAAUGGUUUCACGACUUUACCUCAACAGUAAACAUGUAAUGGUAAGGCUAUUCUGGCGUAUAAACAACAGAGGUAAUAAAGAUUUUACUCUCUUGCAGCACAAAAAUGUAAUAAGCUGACUAAUUUGCAGAUCGAUGAAGACAUGACAGCCAGAAUCAGCAUGGCGGAUGCAAAGUUCUCCUUCCAGUGUCCUGGUCGUAGUUACUCUCCAGCGUGGAUGGCCCCUGAAGGUAUUUAUUUCCUUUUUUCCCUCUUUGUUCUCCUCUCUGCAGUCUACUUCCUCCUCCCAUAAUGACUCGUUACACUGUAUGAGUCAGUCAGUGUGAGAUAUGCUGGACUGUAUAAUUAUGUCCCGGUCCAGCUGUAGUCAUGCUCAUCUGGUUUGUUGCCGUGUUACAGAGUAAAAACAACGGUAACUAUGACUUAUUCCAUUAUUUUUAUGGUUUUUUCUUGUUUUUCAGCUCUGCAGAAGAGGCCUGAAGACAUCAACAGAAGAUCUGCAGACAUGUGGAGCUUUGCAGUGUUACUGUGGGAGCUGGUUACCAGAGAGGUCCCCUUUGCUGACCUAUCACACAUGGAGAUAGGCAUGAAGGUAAGUGGAUGCAGUGUCGAUCUACUGAAAGGCUUUUUCUGCAUUGUGUAUGCACAAAUCAACACUCUAUUUCUUCGGCAAAUACUGCCUAAAUGCACAUAGAUUAUGCUGUCAGAAUAUUCAGAGGCCUCUACUAGUUUCAAGACUUGGGAUGUUCACACCAAUCUUGCAUUUCCCCUAUCUCUCAGGUGGCUCUCGAAGGUCUUCGGCCGACCAUUCCACCGGGGAUUUCUCCUCAUAUCUGUAAGCUGAUGAGGCUCUGCAUGAACGAAGACCCAGCAAAGAGACCUAAAUUUGACAUGAUUGUCCCCAUCCUGGAGAAGAUGCAAGACAAGUGAAAGCUUCUGCAGCAAUAUUGUGUCAUUUUUUUUAAACCACUCUGUAUCUUCACUUCAAUCAUGUAUCUGCUAAGCCACUGUAAAUAAUGCCCUAGACCACUUCAGCUACACAACUUAAACAAUAAGUACUAUAAUGUGUAUCUUGUAUAAUUUAAAUUUGAGGUAUAAAUGUUUUUAAGCCUGAUAUAUACUGUAUGUGGCUCUUUUGUGAUAGCUGAAAUAUGUUCAUGGAACUUUUUUGACUCAAAAAGAAACCUAUCCAAAGAUGUGUGUAUAGGAAAAAUGCUUUUAUACACAUGAGCAAAUACCAAUGCAAUAAAUUUUUAUAUUUAUGAAAAUUUG